AUGCCUCUAACCGUCACACUCCCCGAUGGGUACGGAUAUACCGUCCUCGUCGCUCUGGGCAUGAUCCCUGUCCUGGGCUUCGCUCAAGGUUCCGUUGUCACAACCCUUCGAGCAGCAGCCAAAGUUCCGUACCCCAAUCCUUACGCGACUGCCGAUCAAGUCAAGAACAGCAAAGAGGCAUACAAGUUCAACUGCGCGCAACGAGCUCACGGCAACCUCCUCGAAAACAUGCCACAAACCAUGGCACUUCUAUUAUUCAAUGGAUUGUUCUUUCCUCUGGCAACACCAGUGCUAGGACUGUUGUGGGUUGGGGGGAGAGUGCUCUACGCCUAUGGAUACGUUACAAGCUCAAUGGAGAGUAGGGGUGGCGGACGAAGGAUUGGCGGCGCUUUCUGGCUAGCCCAGCUCGGACUGCUUGGUCUGUCUGUAUACAACGCGCUGCAGAUGCUGUAG